UACAAAAAAAAGGGAAGAAAAAUCAUCAUGUAACUUGGCAGAGUGUGGCCACAUGGUCCUGUGUGUGGAAGCAACACAAGGGGGUGUUACUUCUUGCAAAGCUCAUGCAAUCCCUCCAAAAAUUCCCAGUGACUUCAGAUCCAAGGAGGAGGUGAUCUUCAUGGGAGCACGGUUCAAACUCUCACUUGGAGCGCAGCUUCAGCAGCCGCUCUUUUUGCGCCAGUUCUCCACUUAAACAGACACUAAAACAGAUGGAGUAAUGUUUGCCUAAAACAGUUGUUUUUUUAAAUCUCUGCGCUGGAAGAUUUUUUAAAUUAAUUUAUUUUUUUAUUGUUAGGUGCUGAUUUGAUAACCUGAAAACAUCCUGAGUCUUACCUGGACAUAAUGAAAAGCUGUCCAGGCGUCUUUCACAGCUGGGAGAGGAUGCUGCUGGUUUGAAUUMUCGUGUAAACAAAUGGUCAAUUUCUUCUUCUUUUUUAAAAACAUUUGAUCAUAACUCGGUGCCUGACUGUCACUUUACGCGGUAGUUUCAAAACUUUGAACCAAAAUGAGACGCGCGGGAUUUGUUGUUUUGUUGACUGUGGCGCUGGUGUGGGUUGGAGGCAGUGAGGAGACGACAGGUGGGAAGCGUGAGGGCGCAGGCCAGGUGGACCGGGACCUGCAGCUGUCCCGGGAGAUCAGUCAGUCUUCGUCGUCAGGGGAUUCACGGAGCGAGGCUUCUCCUCCCGGAGCUCCGCUCCGGACUCCCAGGGGGGCAGCGGCUCGAGAGGACGGCGGCAGGCAAGCGGCUGCGRGCGCCUCCGGGACGGAGCUCCCCUCAGCGCCGCGCGCCGCCAGACACCCGGGGAGCCCGCAGCAGAGGAGCGGGGCGAACCGCAGGCAGAGCCCCAGAGCCGGCUCUGCAGGAGCAAGGCGACUCGCUGGGCCUAACGUCUGUGGAGGUCAGCAGUGCUGCUCGGGUUGGGCGUUGGCACCAGGAACCAAUCGCUGCAUAAAACCUGACUGCCAGCCCCCAUGCCAGAACCGUGGCUCCUGCAGCCGACCGCAUACCUGUGUGUGUCGCUCAGGCUUCCAGGGGCCCCGCUGCGAAGAGGUGGCCCCGGAACAGGUGUACAUCCGCGAGCGAGGCACUCUGAGGCGCGUCGAGCCCGGCACCAACCCUUUUCAGAAAGAACAGAGGCGGCUCGCAGAGAGACAGUCCAGUGACACCGGAAAAGUCCAGACCGUGAGACCUGCGACCACCAAACCGCCUGUCCAGACUGCGACCCAGGUGAAACGGGGACCCCCCGACUCCUCCCCUCAGCAGAGCGGGACCUCCCGUACUGUGAAACGUUACCCAUCAUCCUCCGAACCGAUAACCUCCAAUGCUCUGCCGAGUGGCAAUGGCUACGCUGACGGCCAUGACAGCGAGCGCAGGAACCGGCAUGGACACAGGAACCGGCAGGGCAACUCUUUCAACAAUCACAGGCCUAACAGUGACAGCCAACUGCAUGGGCAGUUCAACAAUGCGUUACUUCCAGCAGGGGCCAACCUCACGUCCAGCCUGGACCGCAUCAAGAUCGUCUUCACCCCCAUGCUGUGUCGUCGGCUGUGCAGUGGCGGCCGCUGCUACAACAGCUGCGAGAAGGGAGACAUCACCACGGUGUACAGCGAGAACUCGCAGCAGCAGCUGCAGCUGCAGCAGCAGCAGCCAAAGAAUCAAGGCUUCAGACUCUUCUUCUGUCAGAUACCCUGCAUGAAUGGAGGCAAGUGCAUUGGCAGAGACCUGUGCUGGUGUCCGUCAAACUCGACGGGGAAGUUUUGCCACCUCCCGGUGCCGCCUCCCGCCAAACCCACUCCUCACAGCCACAAGGAUGCGAGCCAGCAGGGCCACAAAUCCCCGUCCCACUCUAUGUACACUCUGCCGCUGUCCAAUCAACAAGGGUCUCUCCACCCGUCUUUGGUGAACGUCCACAUCAAGCACCCACCAGAGGCCGAGGUCCAYGUCCACCAAGUAGCUCGAGUCCAACCUGGACAGAGGCCAGCCACUACAGAUGGGGCUCACUCUGUCCAGCAGCGCUCCCAGCCAGGAAAUGGCCACGAACACACCAGCGAACACAACAGCAGACACCCGCAGAGCAGCAGCCAGUGGAACGGUCACACCACAGCUCCUUUCCGUCAGAAUGGACACGUUGGAAGAUGCUUUCAGGAAACGGWCGACGGACAGUGCGGCAAACCUCUGCCAGGCCUAACCAAACAGGAUGACUGCUGUGGGAGUGUUGGCGCCUCCUGGGGUUUCAACAAAUGCCAAAAAUGUCCAACUAAACCAGCAUAUGCAGUGAUUGAAAAUGGACAAGUGGAAUGUCCCAAAGGUUUUAAAAGGAUGAAUAUCACUCAUUGUCAAGACAUCAAUGAGUGCCUGUUGCCUGGGAUAUGUAAGAACGCUGAAUGCCUCAACACCAGAGGAAGCUACAGGUGCACAUGUAAACCAGGCUACAUGUUAGAUGCUGCCAGGAGCCACUGUGUUUCGGAUAAGGCGGUGUCUGACCACAGGGCAUCAUGCUACCGGUCAGUUUCAUCAGGAACGUGCUCUCUGCCACUUGCUAAUCACAUCACCAAGCAGAUUUGCUGCUGCAGCCGUGUGGGUAAAGCCUGGGGAGAUGGGUGUGAUCGCUGUCCUCUGCCAGGCUCAGACCACUUCAAGGAGAUCUGCCCAGUUGGUCAUGGCUACACUUACUCACGCUCAGAUGUGCAGAUUUCCCUCAGACAGCUGGAAGAUGAUGAGCUGCAGAGCACAGGGCUGGCGCUGGACGAGCAGUAUUCAGAGUUCCCGUCCUCUCAGCCCACACGGCACCACGGCCACCAUCAAACACCCGAAAUACCUCAAUAUCCCGAGUACCCUGAGACACCUCAGGCACCCCAGUACCCCACCACCCCACAGCAUCCUUCUCAUUCAGGAAGAGAAAGCCUUGGAUAUCCAGAAGAUGUGGAAAUUCUAAUCCCGCCAGCUGUUGUGACUGACUCACCGCCCAAAUAUCCAGAAGCCUCUCCAGACUCUACGAACAUCAACCUAAGGCCAGAUUCAAAGGAAACAACCUUGAUAGUCACUGGUUUUAACAAGUGUGCUACUUCAUCGACAAUAUGCGGUAGAGGAAGAUGUGUUCCUACACAGGAUGGUUACACUUGCAACUGUGAGCCAGGAUUCAGGAUCAACGCACUGCAGACCAGCUGUAUUGAUGUGAAUGAGUGUGAGCUGGACCCAUGUGAGGGGAAGGGCCGYUGUCUGAACAGCUAUGGCUCCUACACCUGUCAGUGCUACAGCGGCUACAGCCAGGUGAUCACUCAGAACAGGAAGUUCUGUCAAGACAUUAAUGAGUGCAGCAUGCCCAGCAAGUGCCAAAAUGGCAAAUGCGUCAACACCGAAGGAUCUUACACCUGCGAAUGCAACACUGGCUACUCCAAGUCCGGGAGAGGCCUCUGCGAAGAUAUAGAUGAGUGCAGAGAUCCUAGCUCCUGCCCCAAUAGCGUCUGCAUCAACACUGUUGGCUCCUUCCAGUGCCAGGCCUGUGGCCCGGGAUUUAGGCCCGUCAAUAAAAGAUGUGUAGAUGUAAAUGAGUGCUUGAAUCAGACCGUGUGCAGCCGUGGUCUCUGUAUAAACACAGAAGGCUCCUAUAGGUGCAACUGUUUCCACGGCUACAAACUCUCAUCCGACAACGUUUGCCAAGAUGUGGAUGAAUGUUCGCUUCCGGGAGUCUGUUUCCACGGCCUCUGCGUCAAUCUGGACGGCACCCACAAAUGCAUCUGUGACCAUGGUUACCAAGUCACCUCAGACAGCAAAUCUUGUGAAGACGUCGACGAGUGUGCGACCGGCGCUGCCUGUCCUGCGAGCAUUUGCAUCAACACAGCAGGUUCUUACACCUGCCAGAGCUGCGGGCCUGGGUUCGGACCGUCUGCUGACGGACUGAGAUGUGAAGAUGUUGACGAGUGUGCUCAGGGUGACUUGUGUUUUGGAGGGGUGUGUUCCAACACAGUGGGGUCCUUCACCUGCACCCAGUGUAAAGCUGGCUACAGAUUAUCCGAAGACCGGCAGAGAUGUGAAGAUAUCGACGAGUGCCUGUCUUUAUCUACCUGUGCCAACGGGAUCUGUCUAAACUCAGAAGGGUCUUACACCUGUGAGAACUGCCCCACGGGCUACAUAGUGUCAUUAGAUGGAAAUCUUUGUCAGGAUGUGGAUGAGUGCUCGGUGGCUAAUUUGUGCCAGGGCCAGCUGUGCUUGAACAUCCCAGGAUCUUACAYCUGCAGGAGCUGUGGAGUCGGUUUCCAGCUGUCGGAGAACGGUCACACCUGUGAAGAUCUAGACGAGUGCCAGGCUGCAGGUGUUUGCCCCACAGGUGUUUGCAUCAACACAGAAGGCUCCUUUUCCUGCAUGGCCUGUGCCCCGGGUUUUACCGUGGCACCCAAUGGCCUCUCAUGUGAAGAUGUGAAUGAGUGUGAGGACACCAGCCUGUGUCAAGGAGGCCAGUGUGCCAACACCAUCGGCUCCUAUAGCUGCCUGUGCCCAUCUGGACUUGAGCUCGUGGCUGGGACUACAUGCAUGGAUAUCGAUGAGUGUUUAAACAUCUUGGGGAUUUGUGGAGAAGGUAACUGUCUCAACACUGAGGGCUCCUACUCCUGCGCAUGUCCUGAUGGAUUUACCACCACUGACGGAAGGCCUGGCUGCCAAGAUGUGGACGAAUGCAGCAGAGAUGAUGUGUGCAUUAAAGGAGAUUGUCUCAACACUGCUGGCUCUUUCUUAUGUUUGUGCGAGGUCGGCUUUAAAUUCAACCCUGGUGCAGCUGACUGCGAAGACCAGGAUGAGUGCAAAGACUUUGGAAACACGGUUUGCGGCGCCUGGCGCUGCAAGAACACCAUCGGCUCCUACCAGUGCUUCAUGCCAUGUCAGCCUGGCAGUCUGGAGGGAGGAUGCGACAUUGAUGAAUGCGACAACGAGAACGUCUGUGGGAACCACGGCUUCUGCGAGAACACAGCCGACUCGUUCCGCUGCCUGUGUGACCGAGGCUACGCCAACCCAGUGGGGGACCUGACCACGUGUGUUGACGUAAACGAGUGUGAGAUGAGCUCGGCGCUGUGCGGGGAGGCCCUGUGUGAGAACGUCGACGGGAGCUUCCUGUGCAUCUGCCCCAACGACAAUGAGGAAUUUGAUCCCAUCACCAGCCAGUGCCGCUCCAUGGCUGAGACUGACACCAAGCCCAGGUUUCCACCGGAGGAAGAAAGGAAGCAGUGCUACUUUAACUUGAAUGAUGCAAACUUCUGCAACAACGUCUUGUCGCGCAACACCACCAAACAGGAGUGCUGCUGUACAGCCGGGGCAGGCUGGGGCGAUAACUGCGAGAUUCACCCUUGUCCUCUGCCAGGACAAGAUGAUUACAACCAGCAGUGUCCUCAUGGCAGUGGAUUAAUAACUUUGCCUGUUUCCUCUGGGCUGAGUCAUGGCCAACAACAUUACAAAGAUGCAAAUGAAUGUGAAAUGUUUGGACGUGAGAUCUGUAAGAACGGGCAGUGUUCAAACUUCUUUUCUGGCUAUACUUGCUUUUGUCACUCCGGCUUUUACUACGACAAGAUUCGCCUGGAGUGUGUGGAUUAUGAUGAGUGUGAAUCUGGAAACACCUGUGAGAACGGAGCCUGUGUGAACACGGCUGGAUCUUUCAACUGUUUCUGCAGUCCUCCGUUGGUUUUGGACAGCUCCCGGCGGCGCUGCGUCAGUCUCAACACCACAGAAGAAAUUCUAGAUACAGAUCAGGAUGUGCACGUGGAUAUUUGCUGGCGCCGACUUGAGGGGGAUAACAUGUGUGCCGAUCCCGUCCAAGAGCGCAGAACUACGUACACUGAAUGUUGCUGUCUGUCUGGCGUCGCCUGGAGUGGGCAGUGUGCCUUUUGUCCCAGGAAAGACUCGGACAUAAACGAGUGUGAGGACAUCAGCGACAASGUCCCCUUGUGUCAGAACGGGCAGUGCACAAACACGGAGGGGUCCUACAAGUGCACCUGUUUGCCCGGCUUUGUGGCCACUGCUAAGCCCCACAAAUGUAUCCCAGCGAUCCCUGAAUCCAGGCUUCGGAAGGCAGAAAACUGAGACAGAAACUGUUUUCAGGCUGACAUUUUUCUGAUCCCUAAGAUCGUCCUUUUGCCCUUUUUGUUUUGUUUUUUUCUUCUGAAGGCACUAAACCUCCAAUGGUUACACUGUUCRUCCAAGUUUUUUUCCCUUCAUAUCACACACAAACACCAACAUAAACAUACAAUAACACACAGAUCUAAAUCCCAUCCGACACAUUCAGGAGGACCAGAAACUGUUCAGUGAAUGUACUACAUGGGAUUCAUUUUUCAGCAGGAAUCCGUUUGCCUUAAAGGGAUUUUGUGGACUGAUCUCUUAUUAUCAGUGACCCCAGGCAAAUUGAUAUGCUAAUAUAUUUUCCACAAUUUCUCUGCCAAUUUCCUUUUUUUUAAUGUGUUAUUUGUUUCAAUGACGUGACGGGCCUCUGUAAAUUAAAAGAAAAAAAAUAUUUCAGAGGGUAGACUUGAUUAUUUUAGUUUGAUUUGCCUCCAGUUGACUUUAUUGACACAGUGAGGAGAAUUGAAGUGUUUUGUUUUGUAUUGCUAAAGGCAGAGUAUCACYAUUAAUAUGCCAUAUUUCACCUUGUAUCUGGGUCAGGAAAUAUCUGACUUUAUCCCACAGCUGCCUUUCAUCAAGAUCCAAGCUAAAGUUGAAGAAUCUCUGGACCAAAACACCACAACGUCAGCACAACUAAGCUUUUAGUWCAUUAAAAGCUGCAGCACUGCACAGGCUUUGAAAUACUGUAGAUAUGUAUGAUGUUCUGUGUAAUGUUCUGAAAAUGGUACAAUAGGUAGAACCUGUUGUUUUACACCAGUUGCACAUCUUAAAAUACUAACACCUUUUUAUAUAUAUAUUUUUUACUAGUUUAGAUUUGUUCUAUACUUGCAUGGAGUAAAACAAAAAAAAAUCUGAAGAAAAAAGAAAAAACUAUCUCAGCUUUGACCAUGUUUUUAAGCAUAAAUUUUUGAAAUAAAGAAAAGGAAUCUUUUUUUCAUUUAUCCACAAAUAUCACAGAUUAAAACAAGAGAUUGAUCUUGUGUGCCAGUUUUAUGGAAGCAAAAAAAAUCAUCUUGUUCAUCUUCAAAAGCAAUUUGUUUCACUCCUGUAUCAAAACAUGUAUGUAAAGUCAAAGGCUUUGAUAUAUAUUGUACAGCUUUAGUACUAUGUAUUAUUUUUGUCACAUAUUCCUUGAAAGCAUUAUAGCACAACAAAUAUUCUAUUGGACAAAACACAACAAAUGUAAGAAACAUGCAGCAUUUUAGCUUUGUAGAUUUCUAAAUGUCUGUAAAAAUGUUUUUAAAAGCAUAUAUUUUUCUGUAUGAGAAGAGUGGCUGACACCUAACCAUAGGAAUUGUACGUAUACCCUGCCCUGUGGAGCAGACUAUGAAUUAUAUAUAUAUUGCAAGUGGCAGCACUGUUCUACAAAAACAAAUGCUUUGAAAUUUUGUGCAUCACAUCUUUACGGCUAAACUUCAGUAAAAAUGGGCAUAAUUUAAGUGCUUUUGAUGGAUCCCUGUAUAAUUUAUGUAUAACAGACAGUAUUAGCAGUCUCAUUUGGAUUUGGAAAUUUGUAUCAUACCUAAAUGUCCUUCAAAUUCAGCACUAAUAUUUUCAACACAUAAACACUUAAAUGUAAUAUUUCAUUGGAACAAAGACAACAGUUGAUAACUUGUGUCAUGUCCUGGCUUUCACGCUCUGUAAUACAAUUUUACAGAUGUUUUCUCAUGACGCUCACUGUACUUUACUGUGCUCUUCCAAUCGUUGCCUGAUGUAAGCCAGAGGUCUUGUCAAUGAGACUAAGGCUGGAAUAUUGAAAGCCUUUCAAAAAUUUUAAUAAAAUGAGACAAAUGUCCUCUUGUAGA